AUGAGGGAAGAGUUGUGGCCGGCUGAACCAAAGUCAGCCCUCAAGGGUAAACUGGAGCACCAGUCAGCCCUCAAGGGUAAACUGGAGCACCAGUCAGCCCUCAGGGGUAAACUGGAGCACCAGUCAGCCCUCAAGGGUAAACUGGAGCACCAGUCAGCCCUCAGGGGUAAACUGGAGCACCAGUCAGCCCUCAAGGGUAAACUGGAGCACCAGUCAGCCCUCAGGGGUAAACUGGAGCACCAGUCAGCCCUCAAGGGUAAACUGGAGUACCAGUCAGCCCUCAAGGGUAAACUGGAGCACCAGUCAGCCCUCAAGGGUAAACUGGAGUACCAGGGUAAACUGGAGCACCAGUCAGCCCUCAAGGGUAAACUGGAGCACCAGUCAGCCCUCAAGGGUAAACUGGAGCACCAGUCAGCCCUCAGGGGUAAACUGGAGCACCAGUCAGCCCUCAAGGGUAAACUGGAGUACCAGUCAGCCCUCAAGGGUAAACUGGAGCACCAGUCAGCCCUCAAGGGUAAACUGGAGCACCAGUCAGUCCUCAAGGGUAAACUGGAGCACCAGUCAGCCCUCAAGGGUAAACCAAAGUACCAGUCAGCACUCAAAGGUAAACUGGAGCACCAGUCAACCCUCAAGGGUAAACUGGAGCACCAGUCAGCCCUCAAGGGUAAACCAAAGUACCAGUCAGCACUCAAGGGUAAACUGGAGCACCAGUCAACCCUCAAGGGUAAACUGGAGCAGCAGUCAACCCUCAAGGGUAAACCAAAGCACCAGUCAGCCCUCAAGGGUAAACCAAAGCACCAGUCAGCCCUCAAGGGUAAACCAAAGCACCAGUCAUCCCUCAAAGGUAAACCAAAGCACCAGUCAGCCCUCAAGGGUAAACCAAAGCACCAGUCAGCCCUCAAGGGUAAACCAAAGCACCAGUCAACCCAGUGGGAAGGAGUAACGGAACUGUGCCCAGCACAUGGAUUAUCGGGGAUCGAACGCGGACCUGCAAGUAGCGAGGCUGUACCGAUCAGUCAGUGUUCAUGA